AUGACCUCCCCGAACCGUUUGCGAGAAGACGUCCUGGCUUGGCUCAAUACUCUCUCGCCUUGUCCGGAUCCGCCCUCCUUCGCACAUCGCACAUCGAGCAGCGGCAUUAAUUCCAGCAAACGCCGACAUACCGAAUCGGACGUUUUGCAGCCCUCUCCGAAAAGGCCCUGCCGCCUCGCCCCUCCGGCGUCACCGACCAUGUCCGUCUCGCCGACGAAACGAUCGUACGAUACCCACGACUCCUCGAGCAUCGCCUCCGGCUCUGUCUCCCCGAAGAAGCUGGCCCGUAACUGGGCUGUGAGAACCGCUUCUGCACGGCAGUUCACCAUUAGGGAGGACAUCCCAGCCUCGCUCCAAAAGACUAUACAGGCCUCGGUUGAGACCGCCCAGACAUCGAACCCAGAGUACGAGCAGGAUGUUUUCGAAAGCUUCUUCUACGAGCAAGCGACGCAGGGCGCAUAUGGCUCGCGCACCAUACUCGGCCCCACACCCUCCGUUGCCGCCGUGCUGGACAUCAUGGAUCGAGGCAUCAGCUGCCGUGACGAACAGAUGGACGAAGCCGGAUGGAAUCAAAUUGUUCAUAGCCGCAUUCUCGAACUCGCCUUCACCGGCUUGUGGUCCAAGAACGACGACAUAAUUGCGUUUGCUCCAUGCACGUCCGCUAAGAUGUUACCCGACUAUGCCGAUCCUGUGAGCCGCAAGGUCGACUUUUGCGCGUGCAUCCGUCCCGACGCAUUGGCAACCAUCGCCAUCCAGUCUAUUCGUGACCAAGAUGCAUUGGCCAACCAAUCCAUCAAUCACACCGAUUUUCCACCACUCCAGGCCCGGCCGAUCGCUCUUUCCAUCGAGACUAAGAUUCACGGUGAGGGGAUGAACAAUGCCGAGACCCAGUUGGUUACAUGGCAUGCUGCGCAGUGGCAGUCGUUGGACCGGCUGGUGGGACGGGCUGAACCCACGAUGCAGCUACCAGACUUUCGGCCAGGGAUAAUCAUCCAAGGACACGAAUGGUUCUUUGUGGCGAGCACAAAACGGGGCGAUCAAGUGACAUUGUGGACCAGCCAACACAUUGGCUCUACGGCCAAGGCCACGGGUGUGUAUCACAUCGUAUGCGUGCUGCAAUACUUGAAGCGGUGGAUCGAGAACACGUACUGGCCUUGGUCCAAGCAGGCCGUCCUAAGGCUUUCGGACGAGACUUCAACUACUGGACUAGUCGCUUGCCUAUGA